AUGGUGAUGGAGCGGCUGGCGGACUUCGUCAGCAAGUCGCUGGAGGGCGGCGACGCGCCGGCACCGCCGCCGGAGCCCGGGGACGCCGACGACGUGGACGAGGAGGUGGACAUCACCGCGCUAGAGGAGAAGGCGCCGCCGGCGAAGAGGCCGCGGAAUUGGCUCGUGUCCCCUGUGCCUGUGCAGAACUAUAAACGGGAAGAGGAUGAUGAUGACCAUAAACAUGAUCUCACGGACAAGUCUAACGGUACCGUGAACAGCAACAGCAGCGGCAAGCAGCGACGCUCGCGCACUAACUUCACGCUGGAGCAGCUGGGCGAGCUGGAACGGCUGUUCGACGAGACGCACUACCCUGAUGCCUUCAUGCGCGAAGAACUUAGCCAGCGCCUCGGCCUUAGUGAAGCUAGAGUGCAGGUGUGGUUUCAAAAUCGACGUGCCAAGUGUCGAAAACACGAGAGCCAAAUGCAUAAAGGUCUUCUAGUAGGAGGUGGGGGCACACCGUUGGAGCCAUGUCGUGUGGCGCCAUACGUGUCAGUGCCGCGUUUGGCGAGCUCGACGCCGCGGCCGCCGCCGCCGCCGCUGCCACUCGCACCACACCCGCCCUCGACGGCCUUCGCGCCCUUUGACUCGGCUUUGCUGUCAGCUGCAGCGCAUCAGUACGCCACCGCAGCCGCAGCAGCCGCGGCAGCUCUGUGUCCGCCGUACGCGGGGCUGGCGGCGUUGGCGGCGCGAUGUCGCUCGUCCUCCAUCGCGGAUCUGCGGCUGAAGGCGCGGCGCCACGCGGCGGCGCUGGCGGCCGCGCGCGGCCACACGCCGCCGCCAGCCGCGUCCGCGCCCGCUGAUACAUAG